GCCCCGUGGGCAGCCAGAGCCGCUUCCAGGUGGAUCUGGUGAGUGAGGGCGGCGGAGGCGGAGGAGGAGGAGGAGGAGGAGUGGAGGGAGAGGGCGGCGGCGGCGGGAGCGAUGCAGACGGAGAGCAGAAAACCGCAUCGUUUGCGGGGCCGCUGCCCGGGGCCGAGGAGGAGGAGGAGGAGAAGGAGGAGAAGGAGAAGGAGGAGGAGGAUGGAAGCGCUUCACCUGCAGCCCAACCCGACAGCGGCAUCGCCUCCCCGGCCACCGCCCCUCCAUCCUCCUCGGAGGAGGCGAAGGGCAGGUUCCGGGUGAAUUUCGUGGACCCGGCGUCGGACGAGCAGCAGCAGCAGCAACAACAACAACAACAACAGGCAUCGGGCUCUGCCCCGCACCACUGCCAGGCUGCCGGCGCCGGGCUGCCCAGCGAGGGCAUGAACGGCUUCCCGCAGAACGGCGACACGCUGCUGAGCGAAGGCAGUCUGCACUCCUCCGGCACCGGAGCGCACCACUACUACGACACCCACACCAACACCUACUAUCUCAGGACCUUCGGGCACAACACCAUCGACGCCGUCCCCAGGAUCGACCACUACCGGCACACGGCGGCUCAGCUCGGGGAGAAGCUGCUCAGACCCAGUCUGGCGGACCUGCACGACGAGCUGGACAAGGAACCGUUUGAAGAUGGCUACGUAAAUGGGGAAGAUGGCAGUCCAACUGAAGAGGCUGUGUCAAAACAUGUUGCUGAUGGCAAAGGAGCUGUAAAGUUUGGCUGGGUGAAAGGUGUCCUGGUACGAUGCAUGCUCAAUAUCUGGGGUGUGAUGCUCUUCAUCCGCUUGUCAUGGAUUGUUGGCCAAGCUGGGAUCGGUCUUGCUAUUCUCGUCAUUAGCAUGGCAACCGUAGUGACCACAAUCACAGGACUCUCGACAUCUGCUAUAACCACCAAUGGAUUUGUGCGAGGAGGUGGAGCGUAUUAUUUAAUAUCCAGAAGUUUGGGACCUGAAUUUGGUGGAGCCAUUGGCCUUAUUUUUGCCUUUGCAAAUGCAGUAGCAGUCGCCAUGUACGUAGUGGGGUUUGCUGAGACACUUCGAGAUCUCCUUGUGGAAAAUGAUUCAAUUAUGGUGGAUGAAAUGAGCGACAUCCGGAUCAUAGGAACCAUUACUAUUGUUUUGCUGCUGGCGAUAUCUGUAGCUGGAAUGGAAUGGGAGUCUAAGGCUCAGCUCUUGCUGUUGGGAAUUUUGCUGAUAGCCAUAAUAAACUUCCUUGUCGGAACAUUCAUCCCAGCUAAUGACAAGCGAGCUAAAGGCUUUUUCAAUUACCAUGCCGAUAUACUUCUUGAGAACUUUGGACCAGCCUUUCGUGACAAUGAAGAUUUCUUCUCUGUCUUCUCUAUUUUCUUCCCUGCUGCUACUGGGAUCCUUGCUGGAGCAAACAUCUCUGGUGAUCUUGCAGAUCCGCAAUCGGCUAUACCUAAGGGAACACUCUUGGCUAUUUUAAUCACCACAAUAGUGUAUGCAGGAGCAGCUGUUGCAACAGGUGCCUGCAUUGUCCGUGAUGCCACUGGUAACAUCAGUGAUGCAUUUAUCCCUGGAACCGUGACGAACUGCACUACAGCAGCCUGCAGAUUGGGUUUCAAUUUCUCCUACUGCGACACAAAUCGAUGUGAUUAUGGCCUGAUGAACAACUUCCAGGUCAUGAGCACGGUGUCAGGAUUCGCACCUCUGAUUACUGCAGGGAUCUUUUCAGCCACACUCUCCUCUGCCCUGGCCUCACUAGUGAGCGCUCCCAAAAUAUUCCAGGCUUUGUGCAAAGACAAUAUCUAUCCCGGUCUGCGGGGGUUUGCUAUUGGCUAUGGAAAGAACAAUGAACCAUUGCGUGGCUAUCUGCUCACAUUCUUCAUUGGUCUGGGAUUCAUACUGAUUGCUGAGCUGAAUGUCAUUGCACCAAUUAUAUCCAACUUUUUCCUGGCUUCAUACGCCUUGAUCAACUUCUCCGUGUUCCAUGCCUCACUUGCUAGAUCUCCAGGCUGGCGACCUGCAUUUAAGUACUACAACAUGUGGGUUUCGCUCGUUGGUGCUAUCUUAUGCUGCGGAGUGAUGUUCAUCAUCAACUGGUGGGCUGCACUGUUAACCAAUGCCAUUAUCCUCGCUCUGUACAUCUACGUCACCUACAAAAAGCCAGAUGUGAACUGGGGCUCUUCUACACAAGCACUGACCUACUUGAAUGCACUGCAGCAUGCUAUUCGUCUUUCGGGAGUAGAAGACCAUGUCAAGAAUUUCAGGCCGCAAUGUUUGCUAAUGAUCGGUGCUCCUCCUUCCCGUCCAGCCUUGCUCCAACUUGUUCAUGCCUUCACCAAAAAUGUUGGGCUGGUGGUCUGUGGACAUGUCCGUAUGGGGCCUCGCAGGCAAGCUUUAAAGGAAAUCGCUGCAGAUCAGGCCAAAUACCAACGCUGGUUAAUAAAGAACAAAAUGAAGGCCUUCUAUACACCAGUAUAUGCAGAAGAUCUGCGUGAGGGUACCCAGUUCUUGAUCCAGGCAGUAGGACUUGGUCGUCUCAGGCCCAACAUGCUCGUAUAUGGCUUUAAGAAAGACUGGCGGCAAGCCGACAUGAGGGAUGUGGAGAAUUACAUUAAUGCCAUUCAUGAUGCCUUUGACUUUCAGUAUGGAGUAGUGCUUAUCAGACUGAAGGAAGGUUUUGAUAUUUCUCAUCUUCAAACGCAAGAAGAGUCUGCUUCUCAAGAGAAAUCUGCUCACCCCAAGGAUAUUGUGGUGAAUCUGGAGCACUCUGAUGCUGACUCCUCCAAGCCAUCAUCUAAAUCCGCUAGUGAAACCAACAGUCCAGCAGUGUGUCAGGACCAGAAAGAUGAAGAAGAUGACGCCAAGGCCUCAACCCAGCCACUCUUGAAAAAAGCUCGAGUACUUCGGCUCAAUAGCAGUACCAGGUUACCAAAAUCAAAGGGUUCAAAAGUCAAAGGUCCAUCCGUGCCUUUAAACACAGCUGACCAGAAGCUGCUCGAGGCCAGCACUCAGUUCCAGAAGAAGCAGGGCAAAGGGACUAUUGAUGUCUGGUGGCUUUUCGAUGAUGGAGGUUUGACGCUACUUAUCCCGUAUCUCCUCACCACCAAAAAUAAGUGGCAAGAUUGCAAGAUCCGAGUGUUCAUUGGCGGAAAGAUAAACAGGAUAGACCAUGACAGGAGAACAAUGGCUACACUCCUCAGCAAGUUCAGGAUAGAUUUUUCUGAUAUCACAGUUCUCGGGGAUCUGAACACUAAGCCAAGCAAAGCCAAUAUCGCAGCAUUUGAAGAAAUGAUUGAGCCAUACAGACUUCAUGAGGAUGACAAGGAACAGGAUGCAGCUGAGAAGCUGAAGGAGGAGGAAGCAUGGAGGAUCACAGAUAAUGAGCUGGAGAUCUACAGAAUAAAGACAUAUCGGCAGAUCAGGUUGAAUGAAUUGCUGCGGGAGCAUUCAGGGACGGCUAACCUCAUUGUGAUGAGCCUGCCAGUGGCACGCAAAGGAGCUGUGUCCAGUGCACUGUACAUGGCCUGGAUUGAAACACUCUCCAAGGAUUUGCCUCCCACCCUUCUUGUGCGAGGCAACCAUCAGAGUGUUCUUACCUUCUACUCCUAAAUAUGUAGCACAGACCAUAGCCCUGAGAUUCCUGCUUCAGUGGCUGGGAGUAGGAAAUAAGAGUCUUAGACUUUGGUGUGUUUCACAUAUACAAGUGAUCAAAAAAAAAAUUUUUUUUAAAAAAAAAGCACACAAAGGAAGAAAUCAUUGCAUUCAAGGGUCACGAGAACUAUUUGAUUUUUUUUACCCUGAUGAUCUGUCAAUUUGCCUAGGUUUGAUUGAAUGUAGGCAUUUUUCUGACUGGCAUACACAGAGGAGUUUUCCUUUGCUACCUGAACAGCAGCAAUAACAGUGGCGUGUUUUGGUUUAUUUUUCCUUUUGUUGAAGUAACUUAAUAAAUUGUAAUAAUUAUUAAAAGCCUUUACAGCCUUACUGAGGUGCCUUCCUAAAAAAAGUUGCUUACCAAAUUCCAUUCAGAUUCCCAAAUCUUAUGUGCAAUUGAUGAAUGUUAGUUUGAUAUGAAAUUUUAAUUUCUGCUUUCGGCUGGAUUUGAGUUCUCGAAAUAAGCCUUUCCUCUGUCACGAAAAAAAGCUGCUUUUAACUAAUUUUGUCUUCCACGGGGAUUACUAUUUGAAAAAUGUGUUCUAAGUUUAGUACUCGAAACUCAUUUCUCUAGAAUGCACUGCGCAAGUGAUUUUGAGUGCAAUGAAGAAAAUUCUCAAACUGCAAUAUUGUACAGAAUGGUGUGGUCGUGAGGUACCACAUGUUAUAUGUUUUGAGUUUCAGGAUUGAAUCUAAAUACAGUAUCUGCCAACAAGAUUUGUGAUGAAUGUGUCAUGUACAGCCUUCCCAGCAAAGUCUACUUGAUACCCUUUGGGUCUAUUUGUCUUCAGGAAGUAUAGUGUACUAUGAACGUUGAGGCUAGAGAGAGACCACAGUUCAGUUUACGACCUAGAAUGAGAAUUGAAAAGGGAAAAUUAAAUCAAACGUUUUUAUGCUAUUUUUUUACUAUAACAGCUUUUCAGAUUUCCAAACUGGCCUUUGUUUCCAUGUCUACAAGUUGUAAAACUGAGCAAAAACUCCUCAAAAUACACCUGCUCUUUUUUCAUCUUCUGCUCCGUAACUGGGUUAAAGGGGGCACUAUCAUCAUGAAAACCAUUUCAGCAAGUUUUUUUCUCGCUUGUUCAUAAAUGCAACAUGGCAAAGAGGUGAAUUGUGCUGAAACCAGUCAACUCAUCAUCCUAAUUGAUUGUGUAAUCUUAAUGAAACUCACACCUGGCUUUCUUUCCCUCAAUCUAAAAAGCUUUUGCUAAAUACUUUUCAUGAAGAUUACGCUCCUUUUAAACGGUGUGUCCUUGCCCAAAAUGUGGGUUUCCACAUUUGACUCGUUUGCCCCACAGUCUUUCUCACAACUUAGCAUCACAGCACCAAGUGGGUAUGUAAUAGGGUAUCAUUACUUUCCUAUAAGUAAAGAAACAAAAAGUAUAUCCAUAUAAUUUUGGAAAUGUUAUUUCAAUAGUAUCGUAAAUAUUGUACCUAAAUGUUGCAAAUCUGACUGAAAGUGAAGGGAGAAGUCUUUGUUCUCUUUCCACUUAUCAGGAAUCUAAUCAUUUUGAAAGGCUGUUGUGCUCCAUCAUCCAAUAUGAAUGAUUGUUUUUGUUACUCCCAGAUAUAAACUGAUGUUGAACACAGUGUCCAUUAAUAAUUCAUAAUAUAAACUUCUCUUUGUUGGAAAAUGCAGAUUGCAUCUAUUGUAAGCCAGCACCGCACUCGGUUCAGCCAGCUAAAGAUUGGAUUGUCUGUCUGUUUGGAAAAAUAUGAAUACCAAAUCAAUUGUGUGUGUGCAUAUAAUUCAUAUGCAGAAAAAAAUAGAAUGAAUAGUUUAAAAAUGCAGGGUGCUUUUUUUUGUGUGGUCUUUCAUGUAUGUUACACUGCCACCGUUCAACAACUCAACUCAACUCCUGAGAAAGAGAACCUACUGCUGUGUGGAAGGAGUAGGUGUGCCAGUGUGCUGUUCACUUCAUACUCUGGGCAACAAUUGCUCACGUUCAAAACCAGAAGUUCAGAAACCGUCACAUUGCUUUUGUAAAGUGUUUUGUAGCCAAAGCUAAAAUGACCGCAGUUCAUUAUUGAAAAGUUACAAGCUACAGAAAAAAAGACGCACACACAGAAGUAAUCUUCACUGUAACAUUUGAAAUUGCACCAUACACUGAAUAAAUAUAUAUUUAACCUUUUUAUUGUAAAGGAAGAUAGUAAGAGAGUGACGAGGAUUAACUGAAGAAAUGGAAUAGAUGAUUCAGUUUUAUUUUUUCUGUUAAUUUAUGCAUCUAGCAACUAUUGUGUAAAUCAGCAUAGUUCUUUUACUUUUAUGUUCAGCUUGGUCAUUUUAGGGGGUUCUCUGUUUUUUUUUACUUGACGCUAUUUCUGUAAAUUUCUAUCUUUUUUUUAUAUACGCCUAUAAAAUUAUUUUAUGAAGCUAUGUUUGGAAAUUGUUUCACGACUGAAUUGUUUUCUAGAGGGUAACCUUACCCAUAGAAGCCGAAUGAAACAUUUUGAUAAACUGUACUGUAACUCACUGAAAUGCUUUUCUAAUUAUUUUAACAUUAAAGAGUAUUAAAGAUGA